AUGGUAGGGUCUCGCGUGUACGUCGGGGGGCUGCCGUACGGGACCACCGAACGGGACUUAGAGCGCUUUUUCAGGGGCUACGGUCGCAUGCGGGACGUGCUCAUCAAAAACGGCUACGGGUUUGUUGAAUUUGAUGAUCAUCGCGAUGCCGACGAUGCUGUAUAUGAAUUAAACGGUAAAAAACUUUUAGGGGAGCGUGUGACUGUCGAACGGGCCCGAGGGACUCCCCGAGGUCGCGACCAAUGGUCCAGCCGCAGCGACCACCGCUCCCAUGAACGCUACGGUCCCCCCACAAGAACCAAUUAUCGACUUAUCGUCGAAAAUCUAUCCUCGCGCAUUAGUUGGCAAGAUUUGAAAGAUUACAUGAGACAAGCGGGCGAAGUCACCUAUGCCGACGCUCAUAAACAGCACCGCAAUGAGGGCGUCGUCGAAUUCGCCUCCUAUUCAGACCUGAAAAACGCCAUUGAGAAACUAGACGAUACCGAAUUGAACGGUAGACGAAUUAAAUUGAUCGAGGAUAGAAAGCGUAGCAGACGGUCAGGGUCGUACAGCAGUCGUAGUCGGUCUCGUAGCCGCUCCAAGUCUCGUAGCCGCUCCAAGUCUAAGAGCAGGUCCAGAUCGGCGAGCCCCAAACCGAGCAAAUCCAGAUCAAGGUCAAACUCACGCAAGAAAUCGCUUGAUAGAUCGAGAUCAAACUCGCGCAAGAAGUCGGUUGAGAGGUCAAGGUCGCGCUCCAGGUCCCCGAGACGCUCGAAGGAGGCCUCCAGGUCAAGGUCACGCUCCCCGAGUAAAGAACGCAGCAAGUCCAGGAGUCGCUCAGCUUCACCCAACUAA